CGCCGAGGCUCCGCCUCUCCCCAGCGCGGGCGCGAGCUGGCGGGAAUUUCACGGCUUGGGUAUCUAGGCGCGCCGAUUCCGGUUUGCGCUUCGGUCUCGGGGACUGAAAGUCUGGGUAUUGCAGGACUUUAAGAAUGGAAAACUGUUCUGCUGCGUCGACGGGCCUGACAGACAGCUUGGAGCUAGAGCUGGGGACCGAAUGGUGCAAAGCCUCUUGCUUUUCAUGUGCUUUUGAUUACAGAGGAGGAGGAGGAAAACAUUUUUCUGGAGAGUCCUAUCUUUCCAGUGGAGCCCUUAAGCGACUAAUUUUGAAUCUUGAUCCUUUACCAACUAAUUUUGAAGAAGAUGUCGUGGAAAUAUUUGGCAUUCAGUGGGUUACUGAAACAGCACUUGUGGACUCAACUAGAGUGCUCUUUCACUUAUUCAGGCAGCAACUAUACAACUUGGAAACCUUAUUACAAGCCAACUGUGAUUUUGGACAGAUAGCAACCCUGCACAGCAAGGCGGAUGGUAUUAGGCAGCAGUGUGUAACAUUUCUUCAUUAUGUUAAAGUUUUUAUCUUCAGGUACUUGAAAUUACACAAUGAGAGCUAUGUUCCAGUGCAUCCGUAUGAGACUUUGGAGGCUCAGCUGCCUUCAUUUCUGGUUGCUGAACUUCAUGGAUUAAUCUUGUAUAUUGGGCAUCUAUUUGAGCUUCCCAAUAUUAAUCUAGGAGCAUUCGUAAAUCAUAAUCAAAUUAAGCUUUUCCCACCAUCAUGGCAUUUAUUACAUCUCCACUUAGAUAUCCAUUGGCUGGUGCUAGAAAUUCUUCACAUGCUGGGUGAAAAAAUGAAACAGGUUGUAUAUGGUUAUCAGUUUAUGAAUCUGGCAGGUGACAAUUUAACCAACGUCAGCCUGUUUGAAGAACAUUGUGAGAAUCUGCUUUAUGAUUUAAUAAGCCUGUCACUCAAUAGGUAUGACAAGGUUAGACCUUCUGAAGCAUUAGUGAGUCACCAUUGCCCAUGUCCUUGCUUUAAAGAGUUAUGGGUUCUACUUAUUCAUCUUCUUGACCACAGAAGUAAACGGUCUGUCUCAGAAUCAUUUUGGAACUGGUUGAAUAAAGUACUCAAAUCACUCUUUGAAAAAUCAACUGACCAAAGAAGAUCUUCUUUUCCUGUAACCCAGCCCAGGGAUCCAUUAGGUUUUAGUUGGUGGAUUAUUACUCAUGUAGCAUCGCUUUACCGGUUUGAUCGCCAUGGAACACCAGAUGAAACAAGACACAUAGAAUCAAAUUGGAACUUUGUAGAAGAACUGCUCAAGAAGUCUGUUAAUGUUCAGGAUGGUAUACUAGAGGAACAAUUGAGAAUGCACCUUCAGUGUUGCUUGACACUUUGUGAUCUUUGGGAGCCAAACAUUGCAAUUGUCACUAUUCUUUGGGAAUAUUAUAGCAGGAACAUGAACAGUUCUUUUAGUAUUUCUUGGCUUCCUUUGAAAGGCCUUACAAAGAUCAGUAGGUCUUCCUUGUCGAUGCUAGAAAUGGUGAAGACCUGCUGCUGUGAUAAGCAAGACCCUGACCUGUACAGCUCCAGCAGCAGCUAUACAAUUUUUCUUUGCAUUUUGGCAAAAGUUGUCAAGAAAGCUAUAAAGAGCAAUGGACUUCAUCCGUGGAAACAAGUCAAGGGAAGAAUAUAUUCUAAAUUCCAUCAAAAAAGAAUGGAAGAGCUAACUGAAGUUGGCCUGCAAAACUUCUUCAACCUUUUUCUACUGUUAGCAGCUGUUGCAGAUGUGGAAGAUGUGGCAGUUCAUGUUUUAGACCUCCUGAAUUUCCUCAGGCCUGCUUUUAUGUCUUCUCCGCUUAUCUGGAAGGGUCAGAUGGCCUUCCUUUUGAUGUAUGCUGAAAAAAAUCUGGAUAUUGGUGUUUUGGCUGAGAAAUUUUCAGGUGCCUUCCAGGAAAAAGCGAAGGAAUUUUUGGUGUCAAAAAGUGAUAUGGGCCAGAGACACACUCUCUGGACACUGCUUUGUAUCUACAUUGAUGGUGUUCAAGAAGUAUUUGAAACAAGCCAUUACUUGCAUCCUUCCCAUGAAAAACUGCUUAAUGAUGGCUUUAGUAUGCUUCUACGAGCCUGUCAGGAAUCUCAGCUUAGGACAGUAUUGAAUUUUCUGCAGGCUGUUCUGGCUCGAAUCAGAAGUAUGCAUCAACAAUUGUGGCAGGAACUUCAGAAGGAGAAUGUGGACCUAAAUGUACAGUCCUCAUUAUCGGCUAAAGAGCGCCACCUUGCUGCAGCCGCCAAAGCUCUGUGGAAGCACUUCUUUUCAUUCCUGAAGAGUCAGAGGAUGUCCCUGAUAGUGCCUUUCUCACAACUGGCAGAUGCAGCCGCAGAUUUUACUUUGUUGGCCUUGGACAUGCCCAGCACCGCCCCUUCAGAUCUCCAGCCCCAGCCCAUUGCAGCAAUGAUUCAGCUUUUUGGUUGGGAUGAUAUCAUCUGGCCCCAAGUUGCAGCAAGAUAUUUAAGUCAUUUCCUCCAAAAUAGCAUGUUGUGUGAAGCACUUUCUCGUUCAGGCUGCAUAUCUUUUCAAGCUUUAACUAUAAGGUCGUGGAUUCGGUGCAUUUUGCAAAUGUACAUAAAAAACCUCGAUGUGCCUGAUAAUUUGUCUGCUGAUACAAAUCCAGAAGAGGAAGUCGAAGAAGAGUAUAUUCAGCAAUUGACUGAACUGACCAGGCUGAUAUUUAAACUCUCAGAAGUAAGGAAUAUUUUUUCAAAGGCAGAAGUUGAGCAUUUAGGCAUUCCAGAGGACCCUAAAAUAGCUCUUGUUCGAUUCUUUGAGGCUGUUGGUAUAACUUACAGGAAUCUGCAGACACUCUCGGAUAAAUCUGCCAUGGUCACAAAGUCCUUAGAAUAUCUUGGUGAAAUAUUAAAAUAUAUAAAACCUUAUUUGGGAAAAAAAUCUUCCAGUGCAGGGUUGCAGCUGACUUAUAGGAUGAUGGGAAUUGUUGUUAAAUCCUGGGCACAGAUCUUUGCCACCUCUAAAGCCCAGAAAUUACUCUUUCGGAUCAUAGAUUGCUUACUGCUGCCACAUACGGUGUUACAGCAAGAGAGGGAGCUGCCUGCAUCUAUGCUGACCGCAAUUCAGAAGAGUCUUCCUUUGUAUCUCCAGGGCAUGUGUAUCGUGUGUUGUCAGUCUCAAAAUCCAAAUGCCUAUUUGAAUCAGUUGCUAGGGAAUGUCAUUGAGCAGUAUAUUGGGCGGUUUCUUCCAGCUUCACCACAAGUUUUUGAUCUCGGACAACAUCCUGUUUUGUUGGCUUUAAGGAAUUCACCCACUAUUCUGCUGACAUCAUCUCUAAAGAAAUGCAUAGUUCAAGUCAUAAGGAAAUCCUACUUUGAGGGCAAAGGGUCCUUGAUCCCUCCUCGCUUAGCAUCCAUUCUGGCCUUCAUCCUCCAGCUCUUCAAAGAAACCAACAUAGAUAGUUCUGAGGUUGAAGUACUUCUCCCUGGUAUCUUAAAAUAUUUAGUGUUGGUCAAUGAACCACAAGUUAAAAGGCUGGCCACAGAGAACCUGCAGUGCAUGGUAAAAGCCUGCCAAGUGGGGUCGGAAGGAGAACCUGCCACCCAGCUGACUUCUGUGUUUAGGCAAUUCAUCCAGGAUUAUGGUAUGAAAUACGAUUAUCAGAUUUACAGCCUUUUAGAAACAGUGGCAGCAUUGAAGCAGCAGGUUGUUAUUCACUUGAUUUCUACCCUCACUCAGUCUCUGAAGGAUUCAGAACGGAAAUGGGGCCUUGGCAGAAAUAUCACACAAAGGGAAGCAUAUUGCAAACUUUUAUCUCAACUAGGACAAGUGGGACAAGAUGAGAUACAGAGACUGCAAAAUGAUUAUACCUAAUAUAUUUUGUGAUUCAUUCUCUAUAAUAAUUAUGCAAAAGCCACUUUGCACCAUUUGAAGACUUCAACUUGUAAUUUGUUAUUUAAUGUUAUGAUAAAAAAUACUUUCUAGGGUUUUACUUUUUUCCUUCCAUACCUGUAAGUAUAAAAUAGAUAGCUAAGGAAAUAAAGAUUAAUUAUGUUACUGGAACUUUGGAACUUGCCAAACCACUUUUUUUUUGGAUCCAUGUACUUUUUACUGUAAUAUGAUUGCAAGACACACACUUCUUUGUGAGUGAUUUGUGAGUGUCACUGUGAUUUAAUGGGAUAUGUUUUCCAAUUUCCUGACUGCCUUUAUUGGGGGCGGAGGUGGUAUUUUUAGUAGGUGGGUCUUGUUAUUCUUUCAUUCUGUGUGAGGUGAGUUGAUGGGUGAUCAACAGCACCCUUAAAGACACUUACUGUGUCCAGGGAGGCUGAAUCUAGUCAAAGGAUUAUGCAGAUGAUUUUGUAUGCCUGCUUUUUAAAAACAUAAAUUUUUAAGCUGUAGUGACAACAGAUGCCAGAUGUUUUUCUUUUUUGGUCCUUUGAUUCUUUCUCUUGCAAUUGUCAUUGAAAGACAUAUCAGAAGGAGAAAGAACAAAGCCAAUAGGAGAAUAGUAUUAUUCUGGAAAUCUUUAAGAUUACAGAGGAACAGAAGGUGUGUGAAAGGUCUUCCCAUUUAUUUUCUUGCCCUUCAGUUAGAGCCCAGUAGAACUUAGCAUCUUAAAGGUUUUCUUUAGGGACCGAGUUUCAUUGCUCUUAGCAAUGGUUGUCUCUCAACCCUUAAGUAUUUUUACACACUGGUUGGACUCUUGUCUGACUUUUUUGUUGUGAGCAUCCUUUGGGUUUAACAAGUGUCCUAGUCCUAGUGGUAGGAACUAACUUAGGUCUCAACUCAGCUGUGGUGUGAUCUUCAGCAAGUAACUUAACCUUUUUGGAGUCUCAUUUACUUCAUGGAGGGAAAACUAUUUUUUGUUUCCUAAUGUUAUUGUUAGAAUCAAUGGAGUAAUGUAUAUAAAAAUAUUUGAUGACCUAGUUUCUAUUUGGAGCCAUACUCACAUUUCUUCCUUUUUCUGUACUAUGUCCCACAUGAAUGAUCCCAUUUUUUUCCAGUGUCUUGCUGUAGAUGUCAUGUUUGCUAACUCAAAUAAUUACUUUAUUCUUUUGUUGAUAUCAUUCUAUAACAUAGUCCUAUGAAAAACAUUUUAACGCCUUUCUGGUUCAAGAAGUAGCUUUAAAAAUUAAAUUCAUUGCAAUUAGCUAUAAUUAAUAUCCCUCUCCUAAUUGUAAUCUGUUUGAUCUAAAGAAGUAUGUGCUAUUAUGAAAUAGUUUAUUUUCCCCGAAAUCAACUGUCAUUACUUGAAGUGCAAUGAAUGUGUCUUUUUAAGGUUACUUUAUAUCUCAGUACAUUUUUCAUUUAUGGUAACUUGUUAAACUAAUAAUUAUUAAUUUGCAAGUUUUAGCAGUGAAAUUUUUUAUUUAUUUAAAGUGAUGCCUUUAAAGAAGUUAUGUGUGUGUGUAUAUAUAUAUAUAUUUUGUGUGUGUUGUGGAAAUUUAAUAAAGUAUCUUUGAGAAUAUUGUGUAUGAAACUUAAGGGAUAUGGAAAACUACUGAAUAAUGCAUUUGUGUAUAUAUCUGUAGAUAUUUAGAAUAGCUUAGAAUAAAGUUUUUACUUAAAAGAUCAAUAGUAAGUCUAAGAAUUCUUGUACAUAUAUUUAUUUCUUAUAUUUUAUUUAUGUAGAAGUAUGUUUCUAAAAGUCUUUUCAAUUGAAGAGAAAAAAUUAUAUGGGGCCUGUGUGAUAAGGUACAUUUGCCUUGCCCACUGUCAACCAGGCUUUUUCCCCCAGCAUAUUAUAUGGUUCUCCAAGGAUCACAUGGCCACUGCCAGAAGAAAUACCUGAGUGCAGAGCAAGGAGUCACCCUCGAGCAUCUCCGGAUGUGUCCCUAAAACAAAAUAAAAAGAAAAAAUUACUGCUCAUUUCCUUUGCCUAAAAAUCUGCUCUCGGGGGCUGGAGUGAUAGCACAGCGGGUAGGGCGUUUGCCUUGCAUGCCCGACCCGGAUUUGAUCCCCGGCAUCCCAUAUGGUCCCCCAAGCACCGCCAGGAGUAAUUCCUGAGUGCAGAGCCAGGAGUAACCCCUGUGCAUUGCUGGGUGUGACCCAAAAAGCAAAAAAAUAAAAUAAAAUAAAA